UCGGAGGCUAGCGGAGCGGCACCUGUGACGUCCCGCGGAGAGGGACGGCGAGGCGCGAGCGCGCGCUUGGGAGCUCGCGGGGAGCUCGAACAGGUCCUGUGUCUCCAGGGUAGAGCACAGAGACUUUGCUGGCCGAGCAAGCAGCCAGGCAUCGGUCAGCUCCUCUGCGCCCGUGGUGUCUUUCCAACUCAGCCGCCUGCUCCCGAAAUGGAGUACACCUGGUACUGGUGGGACGAUUCUGGGCAGUGGAUUGAGUACGGGGAAGAGCAUCCAAAUCACUGCUCUGCCACAGUAACAUCUGAAGAUCUGGAGAAAGAAUUUCUAUCUGACCAGAAGGGUGUUGUGUUAUUCAGGGCUGGUUCUCAGGUGUAUGAGUUAAACUUUGAAGACAUGGUCCAAACGAAUUUGUUCUAUAAAACUCAAAGAAAAGUUGCCCGGCUGCCAAAAUUUUCAUCCUCUCAAGGUGGACAAGGCAGAAGCCAAAACACAACUCUCUCAAGUUCUGCCUAUCCUCUGCAAUGGGACCAAUCUGCACUGCCUGAUGUCGGGUUCAGGUUGGUACAGCUCAGCUACAGUUCCAAUGAGUACGGAAAAAUUCAGAGGCUGUUUGAGAAGACAAUGAAAGAUUACUACAUCCACCAAGUGCAAAGGAUCCAGAACCCAACACUCUGGCAAGUUUUUCAGUGGCAAAAGGAGCAGAUGAAGAAGCUCAAUAAGUCAAAAGGGGUGGAUGAGCGGCUCCUGUUCCACGGGACGAAUCCGUCCCACAUGUCUGCCAUCUGUGAGCAGAACUUUGACUGGAGGAUCUGUGGGACUCACGGGACAAUGUAUGGAAAAGGAAGCUACUUUGCCCGAGACGCCAGCUAUUCCCACGAGUACUGCUCCUCUCGCGGUGGUCGCUACAGCAUGUUUGUAGCUCAAGUUCUCGUUGGAGACUUUGUUCAGGGAAACCCUGAAUACCUUCGCCCUCCACCCAGAGCUGGUAAUUCAAACAGACUUUACGACAGCUGUGUGGAUGACCCAACAGACCCUUCCAUCUUUGUCAUCUUUGAGAAGCACCAGAUUUACCCCGCCUAUAUUUUGGAGUACAGCAGCGAGGCCCAUUGUAUGAUUCUGUAAUGAAUGGCAGAGUCUCAUCUGAAUUUACACUGAAUAAAUUACACUUUAGUGCAUUUUUUAAAAAUGUUUGUUGAAUUUUAGCAGUAGUUUUAGAACAUUUCGUAAUGCUGUGAACCAGUGCCAAUCCCCUGAAGGAUUCUGAGGCAUAGUUUUUUGGUAGGGGCUGUCCUUUUGGUGGCAGAAAGCGCUAAACUUUGACCUCCGCCUUAUCUCCAGCCUGGGAUGGGGAUGUACCUGCCUUGCGUAGCUGGGUGCAGUGACACUUGCUGCUGCUGAAAGUGGCACUGCUGAGGAUACGGUUAACUUGAUCCACUGAUUUAGUCACUUAGGGAUGAUUCCUGCCUGUGAUUGUGCUGAUGAGCUAAAGGUGGGGAAUGCGGACAGAGGACAAGUGAAAGUACCUACGUUGGAGCACGAGAGAUGAAUCAUGGCCUGUCUUUCCAUUAAAUGACGGGAAGCUCCUGCAUCCUGGAGGCAUUGUAAUUAAUGCUGGCAAUGAACUCUGCUUUGUUUCCCGGUCGCGUUGCUGACAGCUCUUCUCACUUUGUUCUUCCAUGUCGAGUCUGCCCGUCCCCGUGACACCCUGUCCUUGCUCUGUCCCCACUGGGUUAAUGGCAAGAGAAGCAGGGAGAUUGCAGCUGCUGAAGUUAGAUCCCCACUGUGCCACGGCAGUUACAGCGAGGAAGGUCCACGGUGAGCUGAGCAGCAGCAGCAGCGACCGGUGAGGCCAAGGAGCUUUGUGAGGGGCGGCCGCUGGCACGGCCACCCCCCCCUUCCCACCCUGCAGACUGAAGUUGGCGGUGGCUAUUUUGAAUUGUGCUGCUUCUCCAGAAGAAACCGUGAAUCUCGUGGGAAAAAGCCCUUUCCAGCAAGGUGGGCCUCAGCGUGUGAUCACCAACCUCCUCAGAGGCAGGAGAAGUUCUGUGCUUUUGAUCCUUCCUGAGGCUCACUCAUUUGGCCGCAUGGAAACCUGCUGAUACUGGCUGGAUGAUUCCCUGUGGCGGAUCGAGUAGGGGAAGCAGCCUUCAACCUAGUCUGCAGCAUUGGUGACAUCUGCCCAGGUGGGGAAGGUGCUCCAGGCGGAUCAGGAAGGCACUCUGAAAUUUCGAGUUCAUUCACAGAAAUACGGGCUAAACUUUGAAGCGACUCAUUGCAGAAGAGAGAGCCAGAAAGCUAUCCCACGUGCUGACAAGGAACAAUAGCAAAACGUGACUGUUUUGAGAGCCGUGGUGAUGUUCUCCAAUCCUGCGUGGAAGGGCUGAGGAGAAGGUGGAGAGCACCACGGGCCACAGAGAUGGGCAGGACUCUGGGGAUACACCACCCCACCAGACCUCAUCUGUGGAUGCAGUGCCCAGCAAACAGCUUCUGGUGGGAGAUGAGUCUCCAAACCACUGUGCUGCCACUGUAACCUUCGCAGGUGGAGAAGGCAUUUCAGGCUGACAAGGAAGGCACUCUCCAGUUUCGAGCAGGUUCUCAGCAGUAUGUGAUCAACUUCAAAGGAUGGAAAGCUGCCAGUAUUGCCUCUAUUGGGUUGGAUACGGAAAGCAGCACCCAGAACAAGGUGCUGCACCUGUAACUUCUGCAAAUGUGGAGCUGCAAACUCAUCCGUGCACUUCUGAAUUUCAAGCUGGUUCACAGAGAUACAAGAUAGAUUUCGAAGAAAUGGUCCAGAGACUGUGAUAAAAAUCUGCAGAAGUCCUAGCAAUGCAAAGAGUGGCAGCAGGAAACAAGACAAUGAAAGGGAGGAAGAUCUAAGACACGUUCCUUAGGAUGGAGGCCAGGGAAGGAAAAAGCAUGACUGCGGACGAACAUCUGACACACAUUAGCUAUCUUGGCCUUCCUGGUACUGAUAUGAACAGAAAAGAAGAAAACUCUUUUUGAAGGCCAGCUAAAGAUCAAGCCACCCCUUCAUCCAUGCCAUCAAAUCCAGCCAUCUAGUUCAGAGUUAGACCAUAGUCUGUUGAGACCAGAUCUAACACCACAAAAGGAAGAGGUUGUUUUUCUUUUUCCCCUGGCCACAUACUCUCUUUCUCUGUUAAAGGAUUUUUGCAACCGCAAUGCUGAACGGAGAGGAGCUGUGGGCACUGCCAUACCUGCCUCCUCUUGGCAUGCAAGAAGCCACCACCAGCCAGCUGAUUCCAGGCAGGAAGAGCACAUGGAAAAGAGAAGCCCAGGGCAGGAGGUGGUAGAUGAGUGGUUCCCAUUCCACGGGAUGAGUCCACCUCACGUGCCUGCUAUCUGUGAGCCGAAUUUCAGCUGGAGGAUCUGUGGAUCUCAUGGGACAACAUAUGUAAAAGGAAGCUACUUUGCCAAAGAUGUAAGUUAUUCUCAUCAAUACUGUCCAUCCAGCACAGACCACCACUGUUGGAGACUUUGUUCAGGGAAAGCAAGUCUACCUUUGUCCUCCAGCCAGACUUGGGGUUUCAAACAGACUUUUGGACAGCUGUGUAGAUAAUUGAAAAAAAUUUUUCCAUCUUUGUCUUAUUUGAGAAGCACCAGAUUUUCCCAGCUUAUAUCUUGGAGUAUACACGUUCAACCUGAUAAAGACGGUAUCAGAGGUAACAAUAUCUCAUCUGAAAAUAACAGGCAAAGGUUUGACUUUUUUGAACUCUAUAGUGCAUGUAAGAACUUCACAUAUCACGUUCAGCUAUACUGCAGCUCUGUUUCAGUUACAGCAGUGAAACUACAAGUAUGGUAACGUAUGGAAUGGUUGGGUCCUCUAUGAGAGUUGUUUUCUUCCUAAACAGACUGGUGGCAGUUAAAUCGUCAUAAAUAAUAUAGCCACGACAAUGUGAUGAUGAUUUGGAUCAAGUGCAAUGUAGAUUUAAAUGUGCAUUGUGAUUAAUUUAUAAAACUAAUUGCUUCCAUGUAAAAUACGGUACAUAACUAGAUGUUGUUUAGGACAUACUUGGGGCACUGAAUUACAGCAAAUGGGGAAAAUGGAGUAUAAAAAGCAUGUUUGAGGGGUGA